UUGCCUGCAUUGCCUUUAGUUUCGUGUCCGUUUUACCUGCAGGAGGAACGAGCCCCGUGCGCAUCUCCCUGAACUCUCGCCGUUAUCGCGUUAUCAAAUCAUAAGGCCUACCGCUUCGACCCUUAUCCUGCACUGCGGCCGUGUUUCGUGGCUGAGAAACUGCAACUGUGCUGCCUGCGCCCAGGCCAGAACGAACGGUGUUUCUAGUCCGCGACCAUGGCUGACGUGAAAAUCAGUAUGGACGACAGAGCAGGCCAGUCGUCGAUUCUGGACGAUUUCUGCUACAAUAACAACGUGUCGAAAGCAAACGUCUACGUUCGACUCGGUUUCCUGCGAAAGGUCUACGGUAUCCUGAGCAUUCAACUGCUAGCUACGACGGUGAUUGCAGCCUUCGGAAUGUUUACGCCAGCUGUCAAGCUCUACAUAAGCCAGAACCACUGGAUGGUGGUGGGAGCCUUCUUCAUGUCGAUGGCCCUCCUCCUGGCCCUGAUGGUGAAGAGGCGGGAGACACCUACAAACUACUUUCUGCUCAUGGGCUUUACCAUUGUGCAAGCCUUCACUGUUGCUGUUGCCGUGUCCUUCUACGACCAGAUGGCAGUGCUGCAGGCUUUCCUGCUCACACUGGGGGUCACCGGUGGCCUCACGCUCUACACUUUCCAGAGCAAGCGGGACUUCUCAACGUGGGGGGCAGGACUGUACGCAUUCCUGAUGGUUCUGCUGAUGGGGAGUCUGUUGCAGUUCUUCCUCACCUCCAGCCACCUCGAGUUUGUGCUCUCGCUUGGUGGGGCAGUGCUCUUCUCCUUCUUCAUCAUCUUCGACACGCACAUGUUGAUGCACCGCGUCUCUCCCGAGGAGUACAUUCUGGCGACCAUCGAGCUGUACCUGGACAUCAUCAACCUGUUUCUGCACAUUCUGCGCAUCAUCGGGGAGGCGAGGAGAAAUUGAUGAGGGGUGGGCACUUGACGCGCAAGGAGCUUUUUUUUUUGUUUGUUUUUGUACGAGGAGGUGCGAAAUGGCUCAACGUUGAUCAAGGCAUUGUGGCAUUCCAGUGGAUUAGGUGGAAGUGGCGGAAGUAAAAAAAAUUCACCUCUU